UGCCGGCUGCGGGGCCGGGCAGCACGGGAGGCCGUGCGCACCCAGUACCGGCACUGCCUGGAGCAGCAGCGGCGACGACGUGCCCAGGUCCCAGCCCCCAUCGAGGUGUGGCUGGAGCUGGCCGAGACGCUGGCAGAGGGGCUGGAGGAAGCGACGGCAGCCGCCUUCUCUCAGGUCCUCACUGUUGCAGCCACGGAGCCGCUGAGCCUUCUCCACUCCGUCCCCCCGCAUCCUGCUGGCACCACGGCGUCACCGGAUCAGGGGGGGUCGGCACCGGGGGACCCUGCGGCCCCCCCAGCCCCGCAGCCCCACGCCCCCGGGGCCUUCACCGUUGACUUCCAGAGGGUCUACGAGUACCUGGCACGGCUCUGCCAGGGUGGGAAGGGCCCAGCGCUCCCUCCUGGUGAGUCGGCGGUGGUGCUGGCACUGCUGGGCUCCCUCCCCCAGGAGCUGGGCGUCCUCGACCGCGCCGCCCUCCACAGCCACCUCCGAGGGACCUACGGCGCUCUGACGGCCCCCUGCUCCCCGCAGAUAGACUCCCCGGCCCCCGGGGCUGGAGCAGCCCAGGGUGGGUGGCUGUAG